AUGGUGCCCUGGUUACCCUUUUUCCUUCGUGGUGCAACAGCCAUCAGUGCUGCUUGUAACACUAGCGAAGAGAACAGACCUCCCCCGGAUACCGGAGUAACGCGGCAUUACAACUUCACAGUCAUGCGCGACAUAACCGCGCCAGAUGGAUACAGUAAAAGCGCCAUGCUGAUCAACGGCCAAUUCCCGGGGCCAACGAUCGAAGCCAAUUGGGGUGAUACAAUCUCCGUGACCGUGAAUAACAUGAUUACAACCGGAACAGAAGAAGGUCUGGCCAUGCACUGGCAUGGAAUCACGCAGAAAGGAACCCCUUGGGAGGACGGGGUACCUGGCGUCACGCAGUGUCCCAUCGUGCCUCGGUCCAGUUUCACCUACACCUUCCAGGCUGAUCAAUACGGGACUGGCUGGUAUCAUUCCCACUACAGCGCCCAAUUGACCGACGGCGUCUAUGGCCCGGCGAUCAUCCACGGCCCCAACCACGUCAACUACGACUACGACCUCGGACCCAUCAUGAUCUCAGAAUACCACCACCACGACUACUGGUCGAACCUGUUGGAAAUCUUCUCCCGCCCACCAGUGAUCCCGAAUGUGGACAACAACCUGAUCAACGGUCGCGGCAUCUACCACUGCAGCGGCACGGACUGCAGCCCCGGCGCCAGUCCCUCUCGCUUCAGCUUCCAGAGCGGCAAAGUCCACCGUCUCAGGUUGUUGAACACCGGAUCCAACGCCAACCAGAAGAUCAGCAUCGACGGCCAUACGAUGACCGUGAUCGCGAACGACUUCAUCCCCGUCAAGCCCUACAACACGGACGUCGUCACCCUCGACGCCGGACAACGCACCGACGUCCUCGUCAAGGCCACCGGCCGCCCCCGCGAUGCCUACUGGCUGCGAGCCUCCAUCGACAUGGACUGCCUCAACUCAACCGCCACCUACCCCACCGUGACCGCAGCGAUCUACUACGAGGACGCCGACCCAGCCACCUGGCCCAACACCACCAGCACAGCGGUGUGGCACAGCAACAACUGCGCCGGGGACCCCCUCCACCAGACCGUCCCCUACCACCCCCUCCCCCCACCGGGCACCCCCUCCACCACCGACACCAUCGAGAUCAACCUCGCCCAGAACGCCACAGGCCACUACCUCUUCUACAUGAACAACGCGACCUUCCGCGCCAACUACAACGCCCCGCUCCUUCUUCUGGGCCGCACGGGCAACUUCUCCGACCCCUACUACGCCAACGCCAACGCCUACAACUCCGGCGCCAACGCCAGCGUCCGCCUGGUGUUCAGUAACAUUUACCCGAUGCACCACCCGCUCCAUCUGCACGGCCACAACUUCUGGGUCCUGGCCGCGGGCCGCGGCACGUGGGACGGCGUCAUCGUCAACCCUGCCAAUCCGCAGCGCCGGGACACGCAGAUGAUGCAGGCGGGCACCCCCGAGAACCCCGCGUUCGUCGUCCUGGAGUGGGUGCUGGAUAACCCCGGCGUGUGGCCGCUGCAUUGUCAUAUGUCGUACCAUGUUAGCAUGGGGUUGUCGUUAAAUAUCAUUGAGCACCCGGAAAAGAUCCAGCAGCUCAAGAUCCCUUCCUCGCUGGCGAAGACAUGUCAUGAUUGGGCGGUUUUCAGUGGUCAGGAGUUUGUGAAUGAGAUCGAUUCGGGGGUUUGA